GGCGCAGGGUCCCACAGAAAUCAGGGGCCGGUCUUGCUGCUGAGAGGCCACGUGAAAGUUGUGAGAGGUGGGGAAGGUUCACGGCCCUCAGCCUGAGAGAAGGCAGUGGGGAGCUUGUCGUCCUCCAGGGUCGCUGUGUUUAGACAGCUGCCCAGCUCCAGUGUGACGAGAGAAGUUGGGCCCCUGCUGGGAACCCAGCCCGGAAAUGGCGCAUGGGCACCGCCCAAGGCUGGGGGGUCCACGCGAGCCCCGAGACUCCUGCGGGGGCUCACCGGACGGGGGGGUGGGCAUGGGGCGCAGGCACAUCUCCCGGUAUGUUCUGGGGCUCCUGCAUAGCGUCCACGGUGACCAGCAGCGUGCUUGCGUCUGGUUUCCCUCAGCCCAGCAGUGAUCCCCUUGGGCUUCGGUCGUUCCCCUCGCUAGCUUAGUAAGGAAAUCGAGGUUCCGCAGACUUCACGUGCCCUGCUCUAAUUGUUAACGAGACCGUGUGUGUCUCCCCGUGCUACACGUAACAAGCUCUCACCGGUUUCCUUGGAAACAAGAACAAAGCCCUCACGUUCAGCCCCACACCCCCUCCCCGCCCGGCAUGGUGCUCAAGGCCUUCUUCCCCACGUGCUGCGCCUCGGCCGACAGCGGCCUGCUGGUAGGACGGUGGGUCCCGGAGCAGAGCAGCGCCGUGGUCCUGGCCGUGCUGCACUUUCCCUUCAUCCCCAUCCAGGUGAAGGAGCUGCUGGCCCAGGGGCGGCAGGCCGGCCGCGUGGGGCUGGCCGUGCUGGGCGCCUGGUGCCACCGCCGCCAGGAGGCUGAGGAGCGCCUGGGACCCUUCCUGGACGGCCUGGGCGCCAUCUUCUCCCACGAGCCCUGGCUGCAGCUGUGCCGGGAGCGGACCAGCGGGCUCUGGAGCUGCAAGGCCACCUGCCAGCAGGACCAGGUCAUGCUCGUGUUCUACGACCAGCGUCAGGUGCUGCUGUCCCAGCUGCACCCGCCCGCCGCGCUGCCCGACCGCCAGGCUGGGGACGCCGCGGCCAGCGCCGAGGGCUUGGCUGCCGUCUUCGACACGGUGGCGCGCAGUGAGGCGCUCUUCCGGAGCGACCGCUUUGACGAGGGCCCCGUGCGGCUGAGCCACUGGCAGUCGGAGGGCGUGGAGGCGAGCAUCCUCGCGGAGCUGGCAAAGCGGGCCUCGGGGCCCGUCUGCCGGCUGCUGGCCUGCCUGCUGUCACUCAUCUCAGCCGCCAGCGCCUGCCGGGUGUUCAAGCUGCGGCCGCUGUCCUUCAUCUGGAGCAAGCUGUCUGUGUGUGGGCAGCUCGGGCACCGGCUGGAGCAGCUCGAGCUCGUCUUCAGCACCCAGAAGGCCGAGAAGCCCGCCCAGCUGAUGAGGAAGGCCAACGUGCUUGUCUCUGUGCUUCUCGAUGUGGCCCUCGGCCUUGCGCUGCUGUCCUGGCUUCAUGGGAAGGACCGCAUCGGGCAGCUGGCGGAGGCCCUCGUCCCUGUGGCUGAUCAUGUGGCUGAGGCGCUCCGGCACCUGCUGCAGUGGCUGAUGGGAGCACCCGCCGGGCUGAAGAUGAACCGGGCGCUGGACCAGGUGCUGGGCCGCUUCUUCCUGUACCACCUGCACCUAUGGAUCAGCUAUGUCCACCUCCUUUCCCCCUUCAUCGAGCACAUCCUGUGGCAUGUGGGCCUCUCGGCCUGCCUGGGGCUGACGGUCGCCCUGUCUACCCUGUCCGACAUCAUUGCCUUGCUCACCUUCCACAUCUACUGCUUCUAUGUCUACGGGGCCAGGCUGUACUGCCUGAAGAUCUGCGGCCUGUCCUCGCUCUGGCGCCUCUUCCGGGGGAAGAAGUGGAACGUUCUGCGCCAACGCGUGGACUCGUGCUCCUAUGACCUUGACCAGCUGUUCAUCGGGACUCUGCUGUUCACCGUGCUGCUCUUCCUGCUGCCCACCACAGCCCUGUACUACCUGGUGUUCACCUUGCUCCGGCUGCUGGUGGUGGCCAUGCAGGGCCUGAUCCAUCUGCUUGUGGACCUCGUCAACUCCCUGCCGCUCUACUCGCUUGGCCUCCGGCUCUGCCGGCCCUACAGGCUCGCGGCGGGCGUGAAGUUCCGAGUCCUGGAGCACGAGGCCGGCAGGCCCCUCCGCCUCCUGAUGCAGAUAAACCCCCUGCCCUACGGUCGUGUGGUGCAAGCCUACCGCCUGCCCAGCUGCGGCUGCCACCCCACGCACUCCUGGGGCUCCCUGUGCCGCAAGCUGUUCUUCGGGGAGCUCAUCUACCCCUGGAGGCAGAGAGGGGACAAGCAGGACUGAGAGGCCCUGGUGGCCGGUGGCCGGCCUGCCCAGCACCACCAUGCGGCCUCACUUCUGCCCCACGUUGUUCGAGGCUGUGUCUCCUCCUGCUCUGAGGUGGUGGAUAGGGGCAGCUGGCCAGGCCAUCUGGCCUGUAAUCCGUCACUAGGGUGUCUGCCUCGGGACCCGCCUCCUGACCUCUUCUGAUGCCACUGGCCACCCGGUACCCACCAGCCCCCCGAGGCCUGCCCAGCAGUCCCCCCACCCCCGAUCACACCCAGAGCCCCCACUUCCGCCCACCAUGCCCACUCCCAGUGGGGAGAGCUGGCGGGUCUCCCUGGUGCUCCCAGCAGCCCCACCCUGCCAUGGGGUGGAGGGACCCCUCCCCGGACGCACUCAGCAGUUCCUGAGGCUAACCCCCAAGCAUCUCCUUGCUUGGGGCUGUACUUCUGUGUCCCUGGCCGGAGCCAGCAGCCUCAGUGACCCAGGGCCCCCUGGGAAGCUGGCUGGGCAGCAGCGUGCCCAGCCUGGAGCACAUGGGGUUUGCCUGAUGCCCCCUGGGGAGACUGCUUUGCAGCGGAAGCUGCCCCCAGGGCCUUCAGGCCUCCCUGUGUGAAGCCAGGCCACAUGGGGUGCCCGGAACUGCGUCACUGAAGACCGAGCACCCGUCCACCUUGCUGCCCCGCGCCCAUGCAGGAAGAGGCCCCAAAUCCUCCGUCUCCCUCACUGGCUUCCCGCAGAAGCAGGCAGCUCCUGGGUGGACGUGUCUGUGGCCUCCCACAUGCAGAGGGGGCGUCCUAGCGUUCAGGCUGCGGCUGCCUGCUGGCCAGCGUGGAGUCCAGCUGUGGGCAUGAGCCCCAGCAUGCCCAGGGCAGGAGGCCUGCAUGGCCAGAUGGCGUCAUACGUGUUGAGUCCUCUUGGAGCGGGAAAUGUUUGUGCUGUAGCGUGCGCUCUCCGGCUGCGGGCUGCAGUGGGGAGCCCGUGGAGGCGGCCCGGCGUCUCAUCUCGUGGGCCAGGUCCUAGCUCAGCCUUUCUCUGCAGUGACAAUAAAGCCUCCCACCUGUU